UCACGAGCACUCAGAAAAAGACAGCAGACGAAAAUCGCAAGAACAAAAACAGAAAAACAAAAAACCCAAACCUAUUUUCGGUUUAGGGUUCAGUUUUAACACUAACAGAUUCUGUCUGCUCAGAUCAAAGGAAUAUCACUAUCAAAUCAAACAAUCAUGACGGAGCUCGCCGAAAUUGAUCCUCUUUCGGAUCUUGAAGGAGAUGAUGUGAGGGGGGAAAAGAACAAUAUAGCUGAGAAAGAUGUAAGUGAUGAAGAAAUUGAACCGGAAGAGUUGGAGAGACGAAUGUGGAAGGAUCGUGUUAAAUUAAGGAGGAUUAAAGAGCGUGCGAAAAUCGCAGCUUUGCAAGCUGCGGAGAAGCAGAAACACAAGCAGACGUCUGAUCAAGCGCGAAGAAAGAAAAUGUCUAGAGCGCAAGAUGGGAUACUUAAGUAUAUGUUGAAAUUGAUGGAGGUAUGCAAAGCUAGAGGUUUUGUGUAUGGGAUUAUACCUGAAAAGGGUAAGCCUGUGAGUGGUUCUUCGGAUAAUUUACGAGCUUGGUGGAAAGAGAAAGUUAAGUUUGAUAAGAAUGGACCGGCAGCUAUUGCGAAGUAUGAGGAAGAGUGUUUUGCGAAAGGGGAAGCUGAAAAUAAGCGCAAUGGGAAUGGUCAGAGUAGUCUUCAGGAUUUACAGGAUGCGACUUUAGGGUCAUUGCUUUCGUCUUUGAUGCAACAUUGUGAUCCACCGCAGAGGAAGUACCCUUUAGAAAAGGGGGUACCGCCCCCUUGGUGGCCUUCGGGGAAUGAAGAUUGGUGGAAUAAAUUGCGGUUACCAGAGGGUCAGGCUCCCCCAUAUAAGAAGCCUCAUGAUCUUAAGAAGGCGUGGAAAGUCGGAGUUUUGACUGCGGUUAUCAAACACAUGUCACCCGAUAUUUCUAAGAUCAAGAGACAUGUUCGUCAAUCUAAGUGCUUGCAGGAUAAGAUGACUGCAAAAGAGAGUUUUAUUUGGUUGGGAGUGUUGAGCCGAGAGGAAGCCUUAAUUGAACAACCUAGCAGUGAUAAUGAAGCAUCUGGUGUCAUUGAGGUGCCUCCAAAUGGACGUCGUCGAAUAAGGGAAGCACCAGCUGGUAGUGAUAGUGAUUAUGAUGUUGAUGGUGUUGAUGAGGGUAUGGGUUCUGUUUCUUCCAGAGAUGAGAGAAGACAACAACCAGCCGAUGUAGAGUUUCAUGCAGAUAUUCAUGUUAGUAAUACUAACACCAACCAACAUGAGCAAAGCAAAGAACCAGUAAAAGAACCUUCUAAGAAAAAAAAACGUCGUGCAAAGACGGUCCCGAUUAUUCAGGAGGAAGUACCAUCGACCAAUGAUCCUCAACAUGGAGCACCGAUGAACACAUCCAUUGAUAUGAACUAUACAGAGGCGCCAAUUCAUAUGUAUCAGACAAAUGUUCCUCAGCAUGAAAAUGGUCCAAACCUUGUAUUAUUUCCUCCAGAAAAGAAUUUAGAAGGUCAUUCACAUUUUGCUGCACCUGAAUUUCCACCUCUUCCUAAUGUGGCAGCCACACAAAGCAUGUAUGUUGGUGGAAGACCCAUGCUUUAUCCAGCUAUACAAAAUGCAUUGUUGCAACCUGGAGCUCCUUAUACUUCAUCUCACAACCCAUCAGGAGGAUAUGAGUUUCCUCGGACAAUUCCAAUGCAUAAUCUGCAAAUGACACCAGGGGAUACGGGCAUACAUGAUACUUCCUUACCUGGAAACACGAUGCAGAGUGCUGGAGAAAUGCACCAUUUUGUGGAGGACACAUUAAACAAUCAACACGAUAAACCUGUUGACAGUCACUUUGCGGAUGAUCUCUUCCCACCUUGGGACUUGGAUCAUUUAUCCCCUUUCGGAAUUGAUGAUUCGUUACCGAACUUUGAGUUUUUGAAUGAUGAUGAAGAUUUUUUGCCAUACUGUGGAGCAUAAACAAAGAAAACAAGGGAUUUGUUGCCAAUUUUGGUGUUAUUAGUUGGAAAUCAAGCCUGGAAGUCAGUAGUUCAAACGAACUUGGGUACGGAAAUAGGUUUGCCUCUUGUGUAACCAAAACCAGUUGGGUUAUGGCAUUUUGACAGUCACAAUGGUUGUAAAUACACAAAAGUUGUUUCUUCUUGUACAUAUUUUCCUUUUACUAAAAUGAAGCCGAAAGGUGAUUUACUUGUCUC